AUGGCGCUGAGCUUCCUGGACGAGAAAACGCGUGAUCUCAUGUCUGCGUCGUACGCUAUACCAGAUCUCGAGACGGCGGUGAAACAAGGUCAAUUUGUAGUGAUCUACAACAGCAUCGACGCUCAAGCGAAAACAAUCACGUUGUUUGUGGACGUGGCAAACGCGUCUUUCACUGCCGUCGAUGAUGGACAAGGAAUUCAGCCGGAUGAUCUUCACGAAUACAUCGGAGAAUGCUACGCCACUUCAAGAGUUCCAGUAUCGAAGUGCAGUCGCAGAGAAGAGAAGCCACAUAAGAAAUAUGGUUCUCGCGGUGCCUUUCUUCAGGAACUGACCACGCUUGCUGCUCAUGUCGAGAUUGAGAGUCGCGUUCAAGAGCACUGGACUUCGUAUCGCAAAGUCUUCAAGGAAGGAGCCGUAGUCUUCAAUGCUCGAUCAAAAGAGCUACACAAGACAGCAGGGACAAAGGUUUCAGUGUCGAAUCUGUUCGGGAAGCUCCCCGUGAGACGUAAAGAUCUGACUCGGAACAGGAAGUAUCGAUUUCGAGUGGUCCAGAAUAUUCACAACUUCUGUGUGAGCAUGUCGAUGAUCUGGCCGUCACUGUCCUUCGACAUUCGCUAUGAAGGUACGUAA